GUUGAUCCAAAAAUGCGGGAUGACAGGGAAUUAAUUUGCUGCAGUGAGUCAAAGGAAAAACGUCAGCCAUUGAUUCCCAAAACAAGAUUCCAUGCAUAUCUCAACUAAUUAAAUAAAUCCAAACCAUAUUUUAUCAUAUUUAUACACUCCUCACUUAGCUUCUCACUUCCACUUCUUCACUUCGCUCUCCCCGUCGCCGUCGGCGGUUACCAUCUCCCAGAACCCGCUCUCCGGGCUUUCUCGCAUUUGUUAUAACCAGUCUCUGCUGAACCACACGGGCAAAACCGAAAACAACAACCUCGUACAAGCACCAUCAUUAUUUAGUACCUUCCCUUAGCUUGGCAGAAGGGGGGAGAGCGAGAGCGAGAGAAGAAAGUCUGGACAGAGCACGCAUUUGAUAAUCAAUUCCAUUCUCAGUGAACACAGUUCAGCAGCAAGUAAAGCAAUAUGGUGGCCGGGGGAUUCUCAGGCGCGCCGGGGGGUGAAUUUGAGGCAAAGAUCACCUCAUCGGUGAUCAUUUCAUGCGUGAUGGCGGCGACCGGCGGGCUCAUGUUCGGUUACGACGUAGGCAUAUCGGGUGGUGUGACAUCGAUGCCGAGUUUUCUGAAAAAGUUUUUUCAUGCCGUAUACGAAAGAACCAUCGCAGAAAAGACGGGCCAAAACAGCAACUACUGCAAAUACGACAACCAAUACCUCCAGCUCUUCACGUCUUCUCUCUACCUUGCGGCCUUGGUGGCCACCAUGUUCGCCGGCAGCAUCAACCGUAAGGUCGGCCGCAAGCUCACCAUGUUUAUGGGCGGCGUCAUCUUCAUCGUGGGAGCAGUCAUCAACGCUGCCGCCAUCAACAUCGAAAUGCUCAUCGUCGGCAGGAUCCUUCUUGGGAUUGGAGUCGGCUUCGGCAACCAAGCCGUCCCUGUCUUCCUCUCCGAGAUCGCACCCACCAGAAUUCGGGGAGCCCUCAACAUCCUUUUCCAGCUCAACGUCACCAUUGGCAUUCUCAUUGCAAAUCUUAUCAAUUGGUUCACCGCCAAGAUCAAAGGAGGAUACGGGUGGAGGAUAUCGUUGGGCUUGGCGGCAGUACCCGCACUGAUGCUGACUCUGGGAGCGAUGAUGGUGGAUGACACACCAAACAGUCUGAUAGAGAGGGGAAAGCUGGAAAAAGGGAAGGCGGUGCUGAAAAAAAUUCGCGGGGUGGAGAACGUGGAUCCGGAGUACAACGAGCUGGUGGAGGCUAGCAAUAAAGCUAAACAGAUAAAGAACCCCUGGAGCAAACUCUUGAAGCGUAAGAACCGCCCCAUGCUGGUCAUUUCCCUCUUAUUGCAGGUGUUCCAACAGUUCACGGGGAUCAACGCCAUCAUGUUCUACGCACCCGUGCUGUUCAGCACCUUGGGAUUCGAGAGCGACGCUUCUCUGUACUCGGCUGUCAUCACGGGGUUGGUGAACGUGCUGUGCACCCUAGUGUCUGUGUCCUUGGCGGACAAGCUCGGACGUAGAGUGUUACUUCUGGAGGCCUGCGCCCAGAUGUUGCUAUCUCAGGUGGCCGUGGCCAUACUGCUCGGGCUGAAGGUUUCGGAUCACUCCGACAAGUUAUCAAGUGGGUUGGCCAUACUGGUGGUGGUGCUCUUGUGCGCCUUCGUCGGAGCCUUCGCCUGGUCGUGGGGCCCGCUGGGGUGGCUCAUUCCCAGCGAGAUAUUCCCUCUGGAGACCAGGUCAGCCGGGCAGAGCGUCACGGUGUUCGCUAACAUGCUCUUCACUUUCAUAAUAGCGCAGUCCUUCUUAUCCAUGCUCUGCACCAUGAAGUUCGCCAUCUUCUUGUUCUUCUCGGCCUGGAUCGUGGCCAUGACGCUGUUCACCAUAUUCUUCAUCCCGGAGACUAAGAACAAACCCAUCGAAGAGAUGACUGAAAGGGUGUGGAGCCAGCACUGGUUCUGGAAGUCGUAUGAGGACGGCGACUGAUCCUGCACCAGUCAAUAAUUACCUUCCUCCUGCUUUCAGAUGAUAAUUAAUUAGUUUCUGCUAGGUGUUUUCAUGCAUAGAGGUUUUAUUUGUGAUCGACUUUCGUUAUGAGUUUACCCGAAAUUUAAAAAAAAAAAUAACAAAAGGAAUCGUUUUGUCGCGUUC